UCUCCGUAGGUCCGAUGCUCUUUGACAGCGCGCGUUGAAAGGCAUUUCGCGGGAGUCAGACAUACAACAGUUAGCACUAAAUAAGAAGACUUUCUCAGAAAUAGAAUAUUCAAAAUGAGUUUGUGGGUGGAUAAAUACAGACCUACCUCUUUGGGGAAAUUGGACUACCAUAAAGAACAGGCAAACCAGCUGAAAAAUAUGGUUCAGUGUGGAGACUUCCCUCAUCUGUUGGUGUAUGGGCCUUCAGGUGCUGGAAAGAAAACUCGUAUUAUGUGUCUGCUGAGAGAACUGUAUGGAGCCGGGGUAGAGAAACUACGUAUAGAACACCAGACCAUUACGGCUCCCUCUAAGAAGAAGAUCGAGAUCAACACCAUAGCCAGUAACUACCAUCUGGAAGUGAACCCAAGCGAUGCAGGUAACAGUGAUCGUGUGAUCAUCCAGGAGUUGAUCAAAACCGUGGCCCAGUCGCAGCAGAUCCAAUCCAGCACACAGAGGGAGUUCAAAGUUGUCCUGCUGACGGAGGUCGACCGCCUCACCAAAGAUGCCCAGCAUGCAUUGCGUCGCACCAUGGAAAAGUACAUGUCCACCUGCCGCCUCAUUCUCUGUUGUAACUCCACCUCCAAGGUCAUUGGGCCAAUCAGGAGCAGGUGCUUGGCUGUCAGGGUGCCCCUACCCAGCAGCGAGGAGGUGUGUAGUGUUCUGUCCACGGUGUGUCGGAAGGAGGGUUUGCUCCUCCCAGCUGAGUUGGCGAAACGCAUCUCUGAGAAGUCCGGACGCAACCUCCGCAAAGCCUUGCUGAUGUGUGAGGCUUGCAGAGUCCAACAGUACCCGUUCUCAGCAGACCAGGUCAUUCCAGAGACAGACUGGGAGGUUUACCUGAGAGAGACGGCCAACGCCAUCGUCAGCCAGCAGAGUCCACAGAGGUUGUUGGAGGUCAGAGGUCGGCUGUAUGAACUACUGACUCACUGCAUCCCCCCAGAGGUCAUAAUGAAGGGCCUGGUGACGGAGCUGCUGGGUAACUGCGAUGGCCAGCUGAAGGCGGAGGUCACCCACAUGGCAGCCCACUACGAACACCGCCUCCAGCUGGGCAGCAAGGCAAUCUACCACCUGGAGGCCUUCACCGCCCGCUUCAUGGCCAUGUACAAGAAGUUCAUGGAGGACGGGCUGGACGCCAUGAUGUUCUGAUCUGAAGGGGCUCUGUAGGUCUCCUCAGGCCUGGGCCGCUCAACCCUGUUCCUGGAAAUCUCUCCUGGUGAUUUUCUUUCCAACCCUAAUUUAACUCACUGAUUGUAAUAAUAAGCUGGAGAUCCAGCGAAAUUAGGUUACUGGCAACUGGGUUUGGUGAGGGGAGCUACAGGGCAGUAACUCUCCAGGAACAGGUUUGGGCAGCCCUGCCCACACACGUGUCCAUGGCUCUUUGCUUUUCAUCUUCUUUCCUUUGUCUUUGUGCUCACUCAUACUCUCUGACCUACAGCAUGAUAUGUGAGGCCAAGAUUAUGUGAAACCUGUCCCAUGUUGGAACCCUCACUGUAAAAUAAAGUCUCAAUAUGACUGUUUUGAAUGGAA